CUGCCACCCCCUACAGAGCAAGUGAAGAAAGAAAAGAAGCCUACAUGACCCUUGACAGUUUACACCCUUAUAUAAACCAGCUCGAGGCCUUCAUCAAAACCCAACAUUCAAAUUUUCAUACUCGAGCUAAUUAAGUUGAAGUGAUUCAACAAUAUGGCCAGGUACUACAACGACUACGAUUCUAACUGGGAUUAUUUCUCCAUCCCUCUCCACCUUUGCUUCUUCAUCUCCAUCCUCUUCUUCAUCUUGGGAUUCACAUGGUACAUAAACUACGAGUCCGUCAUCGAAGACAUGAUGACUCAGGUCAAGCUCUUCCUCAUGAUCGUCCCCGUGAUUCUGCUACUCGUCGUUCACUGCUUGUCUGGUGGCAUGUCGUUUUUUGUGCCGUUGCCGGAGCAGGACUCGCUGCACAGAGCCGGAGGGUCUCCGUGGGGCGUCGCAUGUGUGCUGAUGUUUCUUUUUAUCAUGAUCUCUUACCAGUCUUCUUUCCAAGAACGUUGGUUUCCCUUAUACAGUAAGUAGAUCGAUGACGAAGAACAUGAUCGAAUGGGGGUGUUUAUGUAAUGUUAUUAUUAGCUAGCUGUGUAUAAAAUCGGCCAAAAGGGUAAUCUUUAUGUAACGGUAAUUUUUGUAAUAGAUUAAGAGUACUUGAGCUUUGGCUUCAAUGGCUUUUCCUUGUUCUUUUAGGCAUACAAUACAAGACUAGCUACUUAACUACAGAGCUGCUUUGUUUGGAGAAUAUUAUUUUGAUGUACGCGCAUAGCUAUAGCUUAUUGUUGUUUCUGGAAAUACAUAUGAUCUAUAUACCUGUGUACUUCUAUCUGUGUAACUUAUGAUCGAUUUACAAACUUUUUCCAAGUUCUGUCAAAUCUUUUAUUGUUUCAGAAUGUUGGCUAAUUGUGC